AUGACCUCUGCAGGUUCCCGAGCUAGCACCGAUGAGGAUGUAGGUUUGGAGCGACUCCUGGGACCGGUGCAACGUACCUGUUACGACGCAUGGCUGUCCAAAUGCCUUGCUGCGCGGUGCGGCUUCUUCGAGGACGCCUACAUCGCGCUACUGGAUCCGAUCCAGAGGCUGGCAGCUGAUUCGGCAACAUCGUGCCCGCAACGGCGUGGAGAGCGGCAGCGGUUGCCGUGUCAGCACGGCGGUUUGUCAGCAGCGAUUUCGGACGGCAGCCAGCGGCACGCAUCGAUACCCACUGUCGACCGAGGUGGCAAGCCAAGCGGAAGCAGCGCGCCGCACCCAGGCCGUGGCAAGGCGUUCCGAGAAGCUGCUGGCCCAGAUUUCGCGUCAUCGUCAUAUUCAGCGUGCGGCGAUGUAGACGACGGCGAGGGCACGCAUUUGAAUGCCGCGGGGCAUCAAACGCUGGUAGGAGGCCAGCGAAACGGGCAUAACGGCGCUGGGACUGCGCAACUGCUGAGCCUAGGCCAACGAGUACCGCGGUCGUUGCGUGUAAAUAGCAGUGGCUUGGACGCGGUGCUCCUGCACGGCACGUACGCUCGGGUCAUGGCGCUGCGUCACAUCAUGGACACAGUCCUCGAGCGCCUGCGGUUGAAAGCGGGCGCGAGCCACCAGCCACCGAUGCUGCAGUUGCUCUCGCUCGGCGCUGGACUCGAUAGUAUGCCAUUCUGGUUACUAGAGCGGUCGCGUCAGGCAAGCGUGGCGGCGUCUUCAUCACACCGAGAAGUGCCGCUGCCGCAGGUUCGCUACCAUGAACUGGAUACCGAGCAGGUGGCGUCGCUCAAGGCGUUGUGCAUUCGACGGCAGGCAGCGCUCGCUCGCGCCAUCCAAGCACCUGUCGCCGACGUGCAGGCACGCGGUGCGGGAAGCGCGGACGCAUACGCGGGAGUCGCCGUCGCUGGCGCGCAGGCACCCGAUGUUGCAUCCAAGGUGCAGGUGGUGCUCGAAACCCCGGUGUAUGCGCUGAUCGCGGCGGACCUCUGCAGCGGCCGCUCCGUUCUCGGUGCUGCUCUCGAGCGCCUGCAGCGACAUGGAGGCAUGCGGCGCGAACCGAGCUUCACGCUCAUUCUCCUGGAGUGCGUUCUGGCGUACCUGUCGCCGGCGGAUACCGUGAAUGUCCUAGAGGCAUUGCGCGAGCAGUUCGCGAACCACCCGGCACUGCUGGUGUGCUACGAUCCGAUCGGCCUGGACGACGCGUUCGGUCGCCACAUGCAACAACGCCUAGAAGAACGCGGUGCUCCGCUGCAAGGUCUGAAUUGCCGCGCGACCCUGGAUGAGGCUGUUCGCAACCUUGAGUCGUUGUUUGCACCUGGAGCGGCAUCGAAGCAUCCGGGCCGCGGCAUGGAUAUGAUGGAGGUCUACCAGCGACUCCGGGACGACGCUUGCGAACGGAGCAGGAUCGAGCGCAUCGUUGCACUCGAUGAAGUCGAAGAGCUGCGCCUCUUGAUGCGUCACUAUGGACUGAUUUGGGUGAGUAAUGAGCAUGCAGAAGUAUUUGACUUUUUCAAACCUAGCAGAUUCCAAGGCUCAGCGGUCGACGCCUAG